GUAAGUUCGUGUGGAGCCCACGUGUUGAGCCAAUCUUAUCAAACGCCGAUUCGAAUGCGGCAUUAAACAAAUGGAUUCCCUUAACAACGGUUGGUUCAGCGAACUGCAGGCCGAUCUCUGGCCCGGUCAGUCAUUCUCCCUGAAAGUCAAGGAGGUCAUCCACAAGGAGAAGUCCCGCUUCCAGGACAUCCAGAUCGUUGAAACCGAAACCUAUGGACGGUGCCUGAUUCUGGACGGAAUCAUCCAGUGCACGGCCAGGGAUGAGUUCUCGUACCAGGAGAUGAUAUCCUUCCUGCCGCUCUGCGCCCAUCCCAAUCCCAAGAAGGUCCUGAUCGUGGGCGGUGGCGAUGGCGGCGUUGCUCGCGAGGUGGUAAAGCAUCCACUGGUCGAGGAAGUGCAUCAGGUGGAAAUCGACGACCGUGUCGUCGAGCUGUCCAAACAAUAUCUCCCGGCGAUGGCCUGUGGCUUCGCCAACGAGAAGUUGAAGCUGACCAUUGGCGAUGGAUUCGACUAUAUGAAGAAACACAAGAACGAAUUUGAUGUCAUCAUCACCGACAGCUCGGAUCCCAUUGGUCCGGCAGUGAGCCUGUUCCAGGAGAGCUACUACGAGCUAAUGAAACACGCGCUGAAGGAAGACGGAAUCGUGUGCUCCCAGGGCGGUAGCUUCUGGCUGGACCUGGACUACAUCAAGAAGACCAUGUCCGGCUGCAAGGAGCACUUUGCUAAGGUGGCCUAUGCCGUUACCUCCGUUCCGUCCUAUCCCUGCGGCCACAUUGGCUUCGUCAUGGGCUCCCUGAACAAAAACCAGGAUUUCGCUACUCCCAAGCUCGGAAAGUCCGAAAUCGAUGCCAUAGACCUAAGGUACUACUCCUCCGAGGUUCACUCCGCCGCCUUUGCCUUGCCUCGAUGGGUGCAGAAGCACUUUUACGAAUGACCAGGUUGCGGAAAGAUUCGUGUGUAUCUGUUUGUUAAAAAUAAAUAUGACAAUAAUACGACUUGUU